GCAGCACUGAGUCAUGGUCCCGGUCUCUGCACGCUGUGUGGCUCUCAGGUUCACCGUGUUGCUUAAUUAGGACAUCCCGGAAGAGUCCCGGUGCCGUGCGCAGCUGAGUGACGGGGCAAGGGAGGCAGGAGAGGACCGCACGGCGACAGCGCGCUGCCACGAAUCCGUCCCGGGAUACUGACAGACACAACAAAACAUCCCGACAGAAAUUGACUGCGGACCAGAGGAGGGAGGUUUUGUCACCAUGGAAGGUUUAAUGCAGCGGCUGGAGCGAGCUGUGACUCGCCUGGAGCAGAUGUCCAUCAACGUGCAGGCGUCCAGUGGCAUGACUAACGGGGGCUGCGUCAACGGCGUUGAUGAAGGUCUGUCUCAGUGUGUGGAGGCCUUUGAUGUGCUACUGAGAGGUCCGGUGUCUGACUACCUGAACAACAGCCGAGCCAUAGGCAGCGAGGUGGAGAAACAUGCGGAGAUGGUAAACAAUGCCCUGCAGACUCAGAGAUCUUUCCUCCAAAUGGCUGCCACACACCAGGAACCUGCACAGAUGGAGCUUCGUGACCUGCUGAAGCCAAUUUCGGAUCACAUCCAGGAGAUCCAGAACUUCAGAGAACGAAACCGCGGCAGCAGCCUCUUCAACCACCUCUCAGCCGUCAGCGAGAGCAUCCCCGCUCUAGGCUGGGUCGCUGUGAGUCAGAAGCCUGGUCCGUACGUGAAGGAGAUGAACGAUUCUGCCACCUUCUACACCAACAGAGUGCUUAAGGACUACAAGGAAACCGACAGGCGCCAUGUGGACUGGGUGCGCUCCUACCUGUCAAUCUGGACCGAGAUGCAGUCCUUCAUCAAACAGCACCACACCACUGGACUGGUGUGGAGCAAGAGCGGCCCCAUUGCUCCUCCUUCUCUCUUUGACCCCCCCACCGCGCCAAGUGGACCCUGUCCCCCACCUCCCCCUCCUCCCCCUGGCCCACCACCGGUCUUCACAGAUGAUGACUCCAAGCCUCAGGAGGGCAGUGCAGCGUCCCAGCACUCAGCGCUGUUCGCUCAGCUCAACCAGGGCAUGGACAUCACCAAAGGUUUGAAGCACGUAUCAGAUGACAAGAAGACCCAUAAGAACCCAAAUAUGCGUUCUCAAGCACCACAGAGCAAACCCAAGUCCUCAGGGACUGUGAACUCACCACGAGCAGCAGUCCAGAAAAGACCCCCUCUGCUGGAGCUGGAGGGGAAGAAAUGGAGGGUGGAAAACUUCGAGCAGAAACACGACCUGGUGAUUGAGGAGACGGAGCUGAAACAAGUUGUCUACGUCUUCAGUUGUAACAACUCCACCUUGCAGAUUAAGGGCAAAAUUAACUCCAUCAUCAUUGACAACUGCAAGAAACUGGGUCUGGUUUUUGAGAACGCAGUUGGGAUUGUGGAGAUCAUCAACUCCAAGGCAAUUCAGUUACAGGUGUUGGGAACAGUUCCCACUAUUUCCAUCAACAAGACAGAGGGCUGCCAAGUCUACCUGAGUAAAGAUGCCCUGAACUGUGACAUUGUCAGUGCCAAGAGCUCUGAGAUGAACAUCCUGAUACCUAAAGGAGAUGACGAUUAUAGGGAGUUUCCAGUCCCGGAGCAGUUCAAGACUGUUUGGGACGGCUCCAAACUGGUGACAGAACCUACUGAGAUCGCAGGCUGAUUUGAUGCUUUGUCAUCUUUACCACCACCACUGAAUUGAAAAAAAAUAUACUUUUCAGUUCCCCUGAAUUUAUUAAAUUUCAGAGAUAUAAAAAUGGAUUUUCUUCGCAGGCACUCUAAAACACACUAUUGGUCAUGUAAUGCUUCUACAGCACUUUGAAGCUGCUGAUUGUAAUGAAUCAUUCACUAAGCUGAUUUUUCCCUCCUACAAAACACAUCCCCACAGAAUAAUCUGAGAUUUCAAGUUUAAAUCACACAAACACACCAUAUUUUCCCUCUCACUUAUCUGUGCCAUAGCAAGAAAGGCAUUUAUUUAAGAAUAUGUAACUGUUGAAAUAUAAGCAACCUUACAAGGUCUUCUCAUUAUCAAAAUCACAUUAUCGUCUAAAUAGGUUCUCUAAAUGUUUUUGUAUGACAGCUAAUGCACAAAUUAGACCACAGUAGCAAUAUUAUUUAACAGAAAUAGCUAAAGUGGACGUGACACGCACAUGUAACAUCCAGUGGCCAAGCAGACAAGAAAAUCUCAGUCUAGGGUGUAGUGUAUUUUAAUCACCUCUUUAAAUGUGUAUAGUGCAUGGUAGUCAUGUAGUACUGUUUCACUUAGUGAGUGAACAGUGUUCAGUGUAUUUUGCAUUAAUGUCAGAUGCCGACUGUCUUGCUAGUGCAUAAUAAAUGCAGUAAUAUGAUGUUCUGCAGGUGACAUGAAAUCAGCUGAUCAAUAAUUAACCAGGUACUUGGCUACUAAUUUCUUGUAUGCCUUAAAAUACUGACAGUACUGGUCACUUUUACACUUGAGCACUUCCUAGGUUCUUUAUUUCUUUGUACAUCGCUCUAUUUUGUACUAAGAUGUAGCGUAUGGCACCAGCAUAGGGGAGAAGAUAGUGUACACCACUAAUACUUUUCAAAACGUUUAAUUUACAUGAAAACUAUUUGAUGUAAUUGUGUAUCAUUUUUCAAUUAAAAUCAAAACUCUCA